AUGGUGCACGCCGAUUCUUCAAAUUUCGCCCAAGGAGUGAGCAAAACGGCCGCAUAUGAGCAAAUCAUCGGAGAAGCAAAAGCUCUUUUCGAUGGCCAACGAAACUGGGUAAAUUCCUUCAACACCGCAAACACAGCCUCUCUAAUCUGGCACGCCCUCCACGCCCUCCCCUUCCCAAGCAACAAAGUGAACUGGGCAGGUUUCUACGUCCUCGACACAUCUUCUUCCAUCACCGACCAAUUAAUUCUAGGACCAUUUCAAGGCAAAGUCGCAUGCCAAACCAUACAAUUCGGAAGAGGAGUCUGUGGAGCAGCAGCAGCGACAAAAACGACACAAUUAGUCCCUGAUGUGGAGAAGUUCGUCGGACAUAUUGCGUGUGACGGGGAUUCGAGGAGUGAGAUUGUUGUGCCGGUUCUGAAAGGGGGGGAGGUCGUUGCGAUUAUCGAUAUUGAUUGUGCUGUAGAGAAUGGGUUUGAUGAGGAGGAUCAGAGGAAGCUUGAGGAGUUGGCGGAGAUUCUUGCUGAGGCUUGUGAUUGGUGA